AUGGCUGAAUCGACUGAUCGCGUUGUUGAGGCUUCGUCCAAAAAGUCGCCGGUGCUGGAUACGAGGCCGGCCGGCGAUGAGGGACUACGCCGUGCGGAUGGAAUCUCAGGACUAUACGAGGGACAUGUCUUUGAGGCAUCGCCCGAUGACCGUCGCCAGAUUGGCGUUUUCAGUGCCUCGCUUUUGAUCUUUAAUCGGGUUAUUGGUACUGGGAUUUUUGCAACACCUGGCACUAUUCUUGCACUGGCUGGCAGUGUUGGGCUCUCGCUGUUCAUGUGGGUAAUCGGUACCGCGAUUGCCUUGGCGGGAACGGCAGUGUACUUGGAAUGGGGAACUGCAAUCCCAAGAAAUGGAGGCGAGAAGAAUUACCUCGAGUAUGUCUACAAGAAGCCCAAGUUCUUGGCCACUGCCAUGUUUGCAGCCUAUGCCGUUCUGCUCGGAUGGGCUGCCAGCAACAGUGUCGUUUUUGGUCAAUAUAUCCUCAAUGCAGCUGAAAUUGAAGUUGGACGGUGGAACCAACGUGGAAUUGGGUUGGCUUGUCUCACUGCCGCCUUUCUCAUCCACUCGGUUGCCCUGAAAUGGGGUAUCCGUCUUCAAAACUUCUUGGGUGUUGUUAAAUUGAUCAUCAUCCUGAUUAUCAUCGUCUCUGGAUGGGUUGCACUGGCUGGCCAUACGAAGGCUGAGACACCGCAUAACUUCACCAAUGCCUUUGAAGGAACCAAGGGCAGUGGGUAUAGCAUUGUCAUGGCGUUGUACAACGUCAUUUGGUCUUUCAUUGGCUACUCGAAUGCCAACUAUGCUUUGAGCGAGACAAAGAACCCUGUCCGUACCUUGAAGAUCGCAGCCCCUGUUGCUAUCUGCUCGGUUGGCAUUCUAUACAUGUUUGUCAACAUUGCUUACUUCGCCGCUGUAUCCAAGGAAGAAAUGCUCAGCUCUGGGAGCGUUGUGGCCGCCGUAUUCUUCAGAAAUAUGUUCGGAAAGCAAGCCGAGAAAGUCAUGUCGGUCUUUGUGGCCCUUUCUGCUUUUGGCAAUGUGCUGUCCGUCAUCUUCUCACAAGGCCGAAUCGUCCAGGAGCUCGGCCGUGAAGGCGUGUUGCCCUUCUCCAAGAUCUGGGCUAGCAACUGGCCCUUCCACUCGCCUGCCGCGGGCCUGCUUGAGCACUAUAUCGUGUCUGCCGUUAUUAUGCUUGCUCCCCCUCCAGGUGAUGCAUACAACUUCCUUCUCAAUCUGAUUUCUUACCCACUUUCGAUCGUCAACUUCUUCGUAUCCGCUGGUCUUGUUCACAUUUACCUUACCAAAAACAAGAAUUUCCCAGAUUGGGCGCCCGGAAUUCGUGCCACGCUGCCAGUGACCAUCUUUUUCAUGCUGUCGAAUCUGUACCUCGCGAUUGCACCAUAUGUGCCCCCGACUGCAGACCAGAAUGUGUACGAACAGCUCCCAUACUACCUGCACUGUGUGGUUGCUCUUGGACUCUUUGCAGCCGGAGCAAUCUACUAUGUUGUUUGGGCAGUGUUGUUGCCCCGGUUUGGUGGGUAUGUGCUUGUCAAAGAAACAGUUGUGGAUGCCGAUGGAUGGUCUCGCAGUGUUUUUACACGACUGCCACAUGCUCAAGCUCGGCAGCUCUAG